AUGGCUUUCGCUAACGCGUUUUACAAUACCAUCGCGAAGCGCAACAGCGUCUUCGUCACCUCCAUUUUUGCUGGAGCCUUUGCCUUCAACGUAGGCUUUGACGUCGCUGUGACCAAUUUCUGGGACCGUUGGAACCAGGGGAAACAAUGGAAGGACAUUCGUUCGAGAUACGUCGAGGAAGGAUCAGACUCAUAG